UGCUGAGAAACACUGACCUCAGAGGUUCCAGCUGCUCAUGCUCCUGUCUCCAAGAAUCACAUUCAGAGAACAACACGAACUUCCCAUUUCAGGGAGAACAGCCAUGGAGGACCAAUUCCAGGGACAGUGUCAUUGCUGGGGCAUGGGGAAAGUUUCAGGGAGGGUCUGUAUUGCUGACUCGGUGCAGUCUCUCCAGGAUAUAAAUCAGGAGGUGACAGCUCCCUCCUCAUCCACACUCUCCCUUCAACACUGAACACUUGCAAGUUGGGCCAGGCCAAGAUGAGGACAGCACUGUGUGUAGCUGCUGUUGUGCUGGGAGCACUGGCAAUCUGCUUGAUCCAGGACGGUGUUUCUGCUGCACCAGCUGGCUCUGUGACUAUCAAUUGCUGUGAGAACUUUAAGACCACUCGCAUUCCUCAUAAACGGCUCGUAAGCUUCACCAGGACAGUUGGCUGCUCCACUCCCUCCAUCAUCUUCACAAACAGGAGGAAGAUGAGAAUUUGUACGAGAGCCAGUGAGAAGUGGGUUCAAAAUGCAGUGGCGUUUCUGGAGAAGAAAUUGGGGAUUGAAAGAGAAGAACCCACUGAAAAAACCUUUCAAUCCACUGGAAACACGUGGAGUGUUGAAGUGACUGAUAUUACACUGAGCAACAGGCAGAAUGGAGAAUCUGUUUGAAGAUUGGAUCCACAAACUGUUUCUCUGAUCAUUUGCAAUAUUCCUGUUUCUGUGCUCAUUAAAAUGAAAGACUGUGUGCGGUAACUACCUAAAUUUCCCCAUGUCUACUCCAAUCAUCAAAAUGAGUGAAGACCGUUCACGGUACAGGGGGAAAUGUGGUUGGACACCAAUGGGAGAGACUGAGGGAACAGCCAGUCUGGUGCAGGACAAGAUUCCAGCAAAUGUCCAGCUGAUCCCAGGUUCAUCCCAGAGGCUGGAGCUCAGCACAGACAGUCAGUCCUCACCCUCACUGGGAUGUGUUCGACCAUCUCCUUCAACCACACUGGGCCAAGGGGUAGGUGGGCAUAACU